AUGAAGCUGGUUCGUUUUCUCAUGAAAUGCGCCAACGAAACGGUGACAAUUGAGCUGAAAAAUGGAACCAUUGUUCAUGGUACCAUUUCCUCAGUCUCUCCUCAGAUGAACACCGCCCUCCGAACCGUCAAAAUGACCAUCAAAGGGCAAGACCCCAUCUCUUUGGAAACGAUGAAUAUUCGAGGUUCAACAAUCCGAUAUUUUAUCCUGCCCGACUCUUUACCCCUUGACACACUGCUCAUCGACGACGCCCCUAAGCCGAAGAACAAGGCCAGAAAGGAGGCAGAGCGGGGUGGACGAGGAGGACGAGGCAGAGGCGGUCCCAGGGGACGCGGACGUGGUGGAGGCCGCGGUCGCGGAGGACGGCCCUAA